AUGUUGCCCCCCUCACACCCCCCCCCCCCCCCGCACCGCGGCCCCCUCCCCCGGCGCGGCGCGGCUCCGGGGAUCCCUCCGCGCCGGCCCGGCCGGAUCUAUCCGAGGGGCGGGGAUGCCGGCGGAGCCCCUGCGGCGCGGCGGCGGAAGGCUUCCCCUGGCACCGAUGGGACUCUAGAACUCUGGAUUUGCGUGCCGCGGGGCUCCCCCGGCGGGCGGGCAGCAGAGGUGGGGGGCGGGGACUACUUUCUGGCGGCGCAGGGAUCCCGCGAGGGAGAUGGCGUGCCGCCGCUGCGAGCCCGGGCCUCCGGUCGCCAUUACGGCGGCGGAGCCGUGAGGGGGAGGUGGCGGCGCGGUGUGAGCCGCCGGGCGGACGUGGGCAGCGCCGCGGAGCCGCCCUCAGCUUCAGUACUUCCAGCCGGGUCACGUCGGGCUGACGGGAGGUGGGCGGCGGGCGGGGAUGCCGCUCUGCGCCGGCUCCAGGUGGAUGGCGGUGGGACGCGCUGCCUUCUCUCUUCAAACUGCGCGUUUGUUUGUUUAUGUCUGUCUGUCUGUCUGUAUGUAUGUACGUUUUCAGCGCUGGCUCAGAAUACGGUAUCCGCUUCGUGUCAAAACCGCGCAGGUCUUAAGGGUAAAGUGCUGAGAGCUCCUCCAGAGAGAGCCCUGCUCGCAGACGUGGCAGCGGGCACGGCGGGUCUGGGGAUGUGUCAGCAGCCCCCGUUGGUUUCUGCACAAAUACACAUCGUUAUGGCCGUAUUCUCAAUAUAUGCUGAUGGUAUUCAUAACGGUGCGGUCGUAGUUUGAUUUCCCAAGGUGGGGGGGGGAAAAAAAAAGAGCAAAGCGAAAAAGGCAUAGGUUGAAGUUGCUGCUGCCGUGUGCCGCAGUCAAGCCCCCGUUGGCACGCAGCACAGCCUGUGUUCUGCUGUGUCACAUCUCAGCCCUUCCUACCCAGCGCUCCCCAGCAGCUCCCUGCCCGAGCUCUGCCAUCUUUUACCCCUGCUGAGCAGUGUUGGCUGGAGCGGUGCUGUCAUACGGCGAGGUUAGGGAGGAACGAUGGAGCGUUCGGAGCGCUUUACGCGAGGGCUGCAGCGUGGGAUAGGCUGCCACGUCUGCAGGGAGCUGUCUGCUGGUGCUCGUCUGGAAAUCAGCCCAGGGCGGUCGGAUUCUGAACCUGUGAAGAAGGUCUGAUUUAUGGGUGCCUAUGGCAGAAAAAUAGUGUGAAGUUCUGGGAAUACUGUGGUCUUAGAACUGCUUUUGUGAGAGCUUUUGGAAACUGAACAUCAAAAAGGAGAGGGAAAUAAAUCUGUGACUCCUGUCUGCUCACUGUUCUCCCUGUGUCAGACUGCAGUAGGGAGAAAUAGGGAGCCCCUUUGGAACUGUCAGUGUGAAAAACAUAGAAGAAAGCAGAAACCCAAGGAAGAGAAGAAGCCAUGUUCCUCAACAUGCUGUAGCUAUUCUUGGAAGAACCGUGGAGAAUGUGGAAGAACCAAUUACUGCUGAGGAAAAACUAAUGGCAGAAAGGGCUGCCCUGUGCAUUUAAGGACUGAAUUUUGCUGUUCUAGACAUCUUAUUUCUUCAAGACAGUUUCCUUGUGAUUGGCUUGUGAUCUCACUCUGUGUCUGAUUUCCCUUCUUAUCACAGAAAUUUCUGAACUGUUUGCAUAUUCCACCCAAAAUUAACAAAGAAAUCAUAGAACCAUAGAGUCAUUUGGGUUGGAAGGGACCCUUAAAGAUCAUCCAGUCCAGCUCCUCUGCACUGAACAGGGACACCUACAGCUCCAUCAGGUGCCCAGAGUCCCCGCCCAGCCUGACCUUGAGCAUCUCCAGGGAUGGGGCAUCUACCACCUCUGUGGGCAACCUGUGCCAGUGCCUCACCCGCUCACUGUAAAAAACUUCUUCCCUAUAUCCAAUCUGAAUCUCCUCUCUUUUCAUUUGAAACCAUUUCCCCUUGUUCUAUCACCGCAGGCCCUGCUGAAGAGUCUGUCCCCUUCUUUCUUACAGCCCCCCCUUUAGAUACUGAAAGGCUGCUCUCAGGUCUCACCGGAGCCUUCUCUUCUGCAGGCUGAACAGCCCCUGCUCUCAGCCUGUUCUUGUAGGAGAGGUCUUCCAUCCCUUGGACCAGUUUUGUGGCCCUCCUCUGCAGGAAGUGGUGGUUUUGCAGACAACGAAGCUCCUAUGUGCUUUAUGAAUAUGGCUGAAUACCUGCAAGUGCCUCAGCAAUUGAGCAAAAAGUUGCCAUGUCAUCUCCUAUUUUAACAUGCACAGAAGGGCUACUGUAAGGGAAAGCACUCACAAGUACCAGAACCACAGGAAAAUCUCCAACCAGGAUUUGCAGAACUAUUAAAAGUUUGAAAUACUAA